AUGGAAGAGACGUCGUCGCUAUUCUUCCAGCUUACUCCCCAGCAAUCUCUUCCGCCUCGGGUGAAUGACAUUCCCGCAGCCGCUGAUUGGCUGCGAAGCUUCGCCGGCCACAGCUGGCUGGCUUACGGCGCCGGUGGCUGCGUUGUAAUCACAACCGCUCCGUGGCUCGUGCACGGCAGCGGCGCGCGAGAGGACAGCCUGCCACGUGGCGCUCGUUUCUAUCACCAGGUUCUGGAACUCCCGCCGUCGCUCAAUCCAGAAGCUGCUGACGUGGAUCUCGCGUCCCGCUCACUCCCCGUCUUUCCCAACUUCUCGGCAAAUCAGACGAGGCCAGAAGGGGAAGCUGCAAGGAAAUUGCCGGCUGUGGAGGAUAGGGAUCAGGUAGCCGUUGUGACAUGGGCAGGACCGGUUAGCACUUUGGCGGGAUUUCUGGCUGCAGCCAAGGGAACCUGCGUUUACCUCUUCGCUCCGAGUUGCCAAGCCCAGCUGAUCCACUUCCCUUCCAAGGUCCUGAUCCAGUUCCCUUCCAAGGCCAUCUCCCUCGCAUGGAACAGGCUGAUCCAGUUCCCUUCCAAGGUCAUCUCCCUCGCUUGGACUGGUUCGGCGGACGGCCUUCUGAUCAGCGGCGAAUCAAAUGUCGCCAUGUGGCACCGUCCGAAGAAGAAGCAGCAGAGCGCGGCCCUGCUGCAGCCGCUGACGUGUCUAUGGCAGGUGCAGACAAGUGUCGCGCAGGGACUGGCUUCAACCUCGCUGCAUGCAGAUAAAUUUGCUGCUACUGCUGACGUGGUGGCGGGAGCAGGAGCAGGAGCUGGGAGGGGAGGGGGUGAUGGAGGAGGAGUGGGGUCGGCAUGGGGACGAUCAAAGGGCAUGGUGAGAGUCUGGUAUUACUGGGGAGACCAGUACUCCUUUGAAGCUGCUGGUGAUGGUGAUGGUGAUGGUGAUUGGGAGGGUUCAAGCAGACAUCGAUUAGCCAAUGGGGCGUGUGAGGGAGCUGUGGGUGUUUCAGGAAGAGAGGAUUCAGGGGAGGGCGUGCGGGAUAUGGAGGGUGUUGUAGAUGGGAAGGGCGCGGAGGAGGAUGGUGAGGAUGAUGAGGAGGAAGAGGACGAAGAGGAUGAUGCUGUGUCUGUAGUGGAUCUGCCUCACCCCGCACCUGUGCUGGCAGUCCAGUGGAGACCACAAGAUACAGCCUCCAGGCCUUUGUCUUCUUCUGGGGUAGGUGCAACUGGUGCUGGUGCAGCUGGAACAGGUGGAUCAGGUUCGGCACCGUACCACCGUCCGAUCCUGUUGACCUGUGCUGAAGAUGGCACGGUGCGGCUAUGGAUGGAGAUUGACAGUGGCAGCAGCCGAGCCAAGGCUGGAGGCUCGGCAGGAGCAGCAGGGUCGGGGAGCCGAGCCGGGAGCAGAUUGAGCUCGCCGAAGCACCCUGGGAGCAGCAGGUAUGGGAACCAGAACGAGAAUCCGAACCUGGAGGCUGGGUUCGGUCAGAAGGGAAGGAAGGGGGCUGAGAGGCAAUCAUCUGAAGAGGGGAGAUGGGCGCCCCCUCCUGCUUUCUUUCACGUGCAUCUGACAGGGCACAGAGGGGCGAUCACAGAGGUAGCCGUUCACCCAGCACCAGGUUUUCCUCUUGCCGCCACCUUAGACGCCCAUGGCAGUGUGCUCUUAUGGGGCCCUCGCGCCCCUCCCUGGCUUCCCCUCCUCAUGGAAGCCCCGGAAGGUGCUUCUAACGAAUGGGUUCUGCUGGGGUCGCUUCCGCCGGCUGUCACAGGCAGUGGUGGGGUUGGACAUGAGAGGGGUUUUGCACGGCUGGCAUGGGCGCCUGUGCUGCUGCCAGGUGGCGCCAGCGUACUGGCUGUUGCAGGCGUGGGGAGUGUGGAGCUGUAUUUAGCCUUGCAAGAGAUGUUGAGUCGAAGGGGGUGGCUGGAGGAGGCUGGCGGUUUGCUUGUUGGGGCAGGAGCUGGUUCUGCUGCUUCCGGGCAGUUUGGGUCUGGGCAGUUUGGGUCUGGGCAGUUUGGUUCCGGGCAGUUUGGUGCCCGUUUUGGGCUGCCCGACGGGAAGCACGAGGAGGAGAGGGAGGAGGGUUUGCCGUACGAGUUUGCAGUCGGGUGCAGCGAUGGGUGCAUGCGGUUCUGGAAAGAGACGGGCAUUGAGACUGCAGUCUCCCUAACCCCACUAACCGCUUCAACAGCCGGGGCUGCUUCUGCCGAACCUGGCGCUCUGGAAUCGUUUGGGGGCCCCGAAGCAGUGCUCAUGGCUUGGCACGAUCCUGGCAGCGGCCAUUCACUUCUUGCAGUAGCCGCUGCAGCUAGGGUUUGUGUCUUCACACGCGCCCGCACCCCUGCCCCUCUGCCCCUUGACCCCUAUUCCACUGCCCCCCUAAACUCCUCCCCUAGUGCCUCUGCUGAUGGUGUAGCCGGUACUGGGGGUGGCAGUGGCAGUGGCGCUGCUGGUUCUGGUUCGGGUCAGGACCGGGGAAGCGUGUAUCAGGAAUGGAAUCGGUCUGGAGGAAGGAUACAGGAAGCUUCUACUGGGAGGCGUGAUUUGGCGGAGGCGGUAGGGGCGGGCGGGUGGAAGGCCCCUGGGUGGGCGGGGUGGGUGGAGGUGGGGCGGGUGGAGCUGGGGGAGGUGGGAUCUGUGCGGUGCUUGUCGUGGGCCCCACAGGGGGUGCUGCUGGUGGGGACGGGGCAGCAGCUGCUGGUGAUCAGCCCUGUGAUGCGAGCAGAGGCAGCAGUAACAGCAGCUGGAGCAGUCGGAGCGGCACAGGAAGGCGCAGGGUCAGCAGGGGCUGGUCCAGCUGAUGUGACAGCAGCAGCAGCAGCAGGAGGAGGAGGAGGGGGAGGAGGAGCAGGAGGUGGAGGAGGUAUCAGGACAGGGUUCCCAGCAGGCAAGGGCGGGCUUGGACUUGCCUUUUCCCGCGAGCCGUCAGCAGCAGAUCUCUCCCUCUCCGUCUCCCCUUGGAUUUCCCCUGCCACUUCCCACCUCAGCCUCACCUCCAUGUCCCACAUCAGCCUCACAGACCUCGCAGUUGUGGCUUCCCGAAGCGGCAGGUCCGGGGCUGGCGCGCAGGCUCGGCCCGUGGCUCGGGUAUCCAGCCGUCUGUCUCUGCCGUUGUCGGCGUCCGACCCGGCUCUAGCAGCCGUUCAGAGUGUUCUGAGUGGGGCAGGAACAGGAGGGACAGGCGCAGGAGCAGGAAUAGGAUCAGGAGCAGGAAGGGCAGGAGGGGGAGGAGGGGGAGGAAGGGCAGGGGUGUUGGGAGGAGGUCGGGUGAUGCCAUACACUCCAUCUGCCCCCAACUUUGGCCUUCUGGGGAGCCCUGCAAGGCGUGACGCUAGCAGCAGCGGGGGACGGUUCGCCAGCAGAACAGGAGAGGCAGGAGGAGCAGCAGCAGCAGGAAGUGAGAUGAUCCCAGAAGGAGGGUUGGGUGCUGGUUCGGAGGAUGUGAAAGUAUCCGCACUAGUUCGGGCGCUGGACGGCAAGUGGGCGGCUGUUGCUGGCCUCUUGCCAUCUGCACGGGCAUGCAUGCGCCACCUCUCCCGCUCCCUCGCUGCAUCCCAAGCCAAGGCUCACAGUGCUCACAGUCAGCAGCAGGUCAAGGGUUCCCUCUCUCAGAGUCAGACCUGCCAUGUCUCCUUCUCCUCCUCCACUGGUUCUUGCAUCUCUCCAUGUGUUCCUUAUUCACAGCUGUGCCUCCCUGAAGCCUCCUCCUCUGCCUCUGGUGCACCCGCCGCGAAUGCUGCUGCUGCUGCCUCGUCCGGACGUCUGUCGGGGGGAUUUGGAGGGGAUUUCGGGGGUUUUGGAGGGUCUGGAGGGGGUUUUGCUGGGUUCAGCAGCAGUGGAGAAAGCAGCAUGGGAAGCAGGUCUGGUGGGGGUGGUGGGGGCGGUGGAGGGGGGACUAGUGCUAGGGCGAGUAGUGGUGGUGGUGGUGGGUCCAAGCAAGCGUAUAAUCCUUUUAGUCUCGUGAACGUGAGAAGUGCUUUGGAUGACAGUGACGGGGAGGAGGAGGAGGAGGAAGAGGUGGGAGUGGGUGGGAAGAAAAGAGGGGCAGCAGCGGCUGGAGGAGGAGAGAGCAGCAAGGGUGCUGAUAGUAAUGGAGGAGGAGGAGGGUUCGGAAUGAAGGGUGGUGGGGUUGUGUCACCUGCAGUGUUGCGGUGGCAGCAGCUGCAGCAGCGGGUGCUGGUGGGGGGGCAUGCUCCCUUGACAGAGGCUGAGGCAACAGCCAUCUUCCAGGUGUUAUCUGAGGCAGGCGGGAACUGCAGCACCAGUACCUCCUCUGGUGGUGGUGGUGGUACACGGGUGGCCGGUGUGCCUGGGUUGACAGCUGGGGAGGCGGACAUGGUACUUGUGCUGUUAGACGUGCUUGCAGCUAUGGAUGGGGUGAGCGUGAGGGAGAAGGAGGAGUUGCAGCAGCCUGAGGGCGGUCAGUCAUCAUCAGCAUCGUCAGCAGCAGGAGCAGCGUCAGUGGCACGAGCAGUCACGGCUCUGGAUGAACCAGGGAAAAGGUUCUGGCUCGCGCUCCACCUCUCCCGUGCGGCAAAGAAACACCAACAACGCUGCGCCGCUGCUGCCACUGCUGCUGCAGCCGCAGCCGCAGCAGCCGAAAAGGCCGCCUCUGCAGCCAGCAGCAGAGCAGGAGCAGCAGCCUCAUCCUUCGGCUCUUCCUCUGACCGUAGGCCCAGCAGCAGCACACUCACCAGCAGCAGCAGCAGGUCCGGGGGAGGUGUAUCUGGGGCAGGUGCAGAUGGGCUUGGGCAGCAGCAGCAACAGCAGGGGCAGCAGGGGCAGCAGGGACAGGGGCAGGGGCAGGAGGGGCAGCUGGAGGUGGAGUCGCGUGCAGUGGCAUGGGCAGUGCACACGGAGUCAGUGGGCGAUGUGGUGAAUUGCUGUCUGCAUGAUGCUGAUAAGCCUACCUGGGCGGGGCUCAGGGCGCUGGGAGUGGGAUACUGGCUCUGCAACACCACGCACCUCAGGCAGCUGAUGGAGCGGGUGGCGCGGGCGCAGUACCAGCAGAGGCGCGACCCCAAGGACUGUGCGCUGCUCUACAUGCUGCUGGACCGCCGCUCUGUGCUGCACGGGCUGCUCAAGCUCAGCCGCGACGACCGCGACAAGAAGCUGGUGGACUUCCUGGGGAGGGAUUUCACGGAGGAGCGGCACAGGGCAGCAGCAUUGAAGAAUGCGUAUGUGCUCCUCUCACAGCACCGCUUUGAUCUCGCAGCCACCUUCUUCCUCCUGGGCCACGACAUCCCCUCCGCCGCCUCCGUGUGUGCGCGCAACCUCAACGACCCGCAGCUGGCCCUCGUGCUGUGCCGGCUGAGGGAGGACAAGGCGGGGGCAGCGGCGUACUCAAGGGACGUGAUUCAGCGGCUUUUGUUGCCGGAGGCUGCUUCGAAGGGGGAUGCCUGGAUGGUUAGCACACUCAAGUGGCUUAUGGGGCAAAAACUCGAAGCCCUUCAAGACCUUGUCUUCUCAGCACUCGCCCCGUCCCACCCCGCCACGUCAGCAGCCGAGCCAGCUGGCGCUGAGGUGGCGACGUUCUGCGCCACAGUGGCAAAGAAGCCGGGGUUAGGGGAGGAGACAGAGGCGGUGCAGAGACUGGCAGCAGUGGCAGCAGUGGAGGCCGUAAGUGGGGGCGACCACAUGGGUCUCGUGCUGCAGUCUGUGCUAGAAAUCACCAAGCAGAGGGGUUUGGGUCCGGUUCAGAGCGGUGCUGGUCAGGCGCAGAGUGGUGCUGGUGGGUUCAGUGGUGGGGCGCUGGAUUUCCAAGGCAUGAGAGUAGGGUCGGACAGCAAUGGCGCUGUAGGUUCGGGUGAAGCUGGUUUUGGUGUUCCCAUGGGGGCAAUGGUGGGGGGAAAGACAGUAGGGUCUGUGCCGGCAGUGGUAGGGGAGGGAUGGGUGGUGCCUGCAGUGGUGGCAGCAGUGCAAUCAGCCAAGCUGCGGCAGCUGCUGAAGCAGAGAGCUGCUGCCUGCCUUGCUGCUGCUAGUGUGGCAGACGGAGUGGUUAAGAGCGGUGGGGGAGGAGAGGGAGGAGGGGGAGGAGGACGAGGAAGAGGUGGAGGAGAGAGGAGAGUGGGGAGAGGGAGAAGUGGGAGCAGGGGUGUGUGUGAGGUGGUUGAGGAGGUGGAGGCAUGGUCUAAGCACUGUGCGAUCGAUCAUACUGCGGCCCUCGCUGCUGUGAGUCCCCUUCCUUCCCCUUUGGUCUCCUCCCAGGCCGUAACCACCUCUCAGCCAUUCACCUUGUGCCACGUCACCGCCCACCUGGCACAGUGGCACAUCCCCAGGCCGCUCCCACGCCCAGAUGCAAUCUCUACCGUCCAUCCGCCCCACCCCGUUGAAGAUCUACAGGCGCAGCUGUGCAUGGCAAUCCUUAGGCGAGUAGCUGUGAGUCUCCCCCCUGCGCUGUCACGGGUGGUCAUGGGGAGAGGGGCCGUGGGUGGGGGGAGGUGGAGGGUAAAGCGAGUGGGCUGUGGGCCUGGUGAAACGAGCUUCCCACCACAACACCAGAAGGGGGAGCAGAACCGGCAGCAUUACCAACAGCAGCAGCAGCAGCAGGAGAGGAAGAACCGACUGCUGAAUCAUUACCUGGAUGAGGGUCUGGGCGUGGAUGCGUUGCGAUUGGUCCACGUGGCAGGGGAGAUUCUCCAAAUGUGGCGGGAAGGUGCAGCGGCAAUGCGAGCUGCCUCCGCUACCUCUGCCUCUGCUACUGCUGCUGCCACAAAUUUUGCUGCUGCCUCUGCCUCUGCAGCAGCAGCUGCUGCUGCUGCUGCUGCCAGUGCAAGGAACCACCCAUCAAGCCCAUCAUUCACUCCCCCCACAUCCCCCAUCCCGCCUCACAUGGCUCUAGACGAUUCAGAAUCCCUGCUAGAGCAGAGGAUAGACGCAGAGGGGCGGGUAGUGGCUGCUCUAGCUCUCAUCUGCUUCGUAACCGCUGCCUGGAUCUCCCACCGGCCUCUCACCCUUGCUCGACUGCUCGACCCGGUGGUGAGGGAGCGAGGCGGUGGGGAGCAAGGAGGGGAGAGAGGAUGGAGAGGGGUUGGGGAGGGCGGGUUCGGGGAGAGAAUGGGGGGAAAUGGGGAAGGGGAGAGAUUGGGGCGGAGUGUGGGGGGGAGAGUGGGGGCUGGAAUUGGGUGUGGUGCGGCUGUGUUGCCUGGAGAAGGGGAGAAUUGCCUGGAGUGGUUUCUGGGGCUGGAGAGAAGGGUGGAUGGGGGAGGUGGGGGGGCUGGAGAAGGAGGGGAGGGAGAACAGGGAGGUGGACUGGUGCAUAGAGGAGGGGGCGUUAGCGAUGCAGGGGAGGACACAAAGGGGGAUAAGGAGAAGGAGGUGGGGCAGGGCGCAGCGGAACAUGGGGGGAAGGAUGAGGAGGGUAGAUUCGUUGGACCUGGACGGGCGGUUGUUGAGGGGCAGGUGGUGGUCCUAUCAGAGGACGACAUGUGGCGCGUCGUGGGCGCGUCGGUGUGGUCGGUAGUGGAGCGGUAUGUGAGGAAGCAGGCGGUGCCGCCGUCGCUUAUCAGCCGGGCGUUCAGGUCGUUUGGAUGGAUGUCACCUGUCCAGUCUUACCUGCAAAACCACCAGCAGAACCAGCAGCAGGAGCAGAAUCCACAGAACCAGCAGCACCACCAGCAGCCGCAGCAGCAGGGUCGUGUGUCUGGCCAGCCCAGCCAUUCUCAGCAGGGGAUGCAUCAGGGGGGGCAGCAGGGGCAGGGAGCACGCAGUCCCAUGCAAGCCCCCCCCGCUCACCCUCACCAUCUCUCCCACCUCCUUCCCCAGCACCACAACAACCAGCAGCAGCACUGGCAGCCGCCGCACCAUUUCGUUCCCUACAGCCCACCCCAAAGCGGCACCACCACCCCCACCCUCUCCACGCCUCCUCUCUCCCCCCACCUCCACGCGCAUUCCCUUCUUUCCCCUGACCAACACCAGCACCAGCUGUUGCAGCAGCAGCAAUACCAGCACCAUCAGCAGCAACCGCUACCUCCUGCCACCUCCUCUUUCUUCUCUGCCUUUGCCCGUCCAUGGGCCUCCCCCGCUUCCCCUGCCCCUUCCUCCUCCUCCUCCUCCCUCCUCUCCCCCGCACCCUCCCCCGCGCCCUCCCCUGCUCCCUCCCCUGCGCCCUCUCACCUAAAGCCGCCAGGGGCAGCAGGAGGGGGGCUGGCGGGAGCAGGAGGUGGGAUGGCGGGAGCAGCAUCAGCAGCUGCUGCAGAGGCAGUGGCAGCAGCAGCCAAAGCAGCAGAUAGGGCAGGGGGAGGGGGAGAACGAAGCGCAGGGGCAGGGGCAGGGGGAGCGGGAGGAAAAGCAGGAGGGAGAGAGGGAGCGAGAGGGGCAACAGCAGGCCCAGCAGCAGGAGAUCCAGCACAUUUGUUUCCACAGGCGCUGCUUCCAGACGCGUGUGCUGCUGCAGCAGCCUCUGACGCGCUGGUCCUCGCGUCUGCACGCGUGGCGUCUGCUCUGAGGCGCCAGCUGGCAGCACACGUCAGCACCCGCAUGCACGUGCGUGGGGGAGCAGGAUCAGGAGCACAGGGCGUGGGCACCAAGGGGGGUACUAGGACUGCCAGGAGCGCACAGGUUGCUGCAGGUGGUAGUGGUGGUGGUGGUGGCGGUGCCACUGAUGUUGGUCUGAGGGAGGAGGCUGUUUCUGCGUAUGCGCACUUGGCGUCGCUAGCAGCAGCGGAUGGGCUGCUGCAGUGGCUGGCUGAUGAACACUCGUUGCACCACACCCACCAGCACAGCCAGCUGCACGGGCAGCAGCAGCACCAGCACACUCACCAGCAGCACAUUCAGCAGCAGAUACACAGCAGUGGUGGCCUGGGGCACAUGUCACGGCACCAUGGCAAUAUACCCACACACCCAGACGCGCAUGCGCAUGCUGCUGCUGCUUUACAUCCCACUCACAGUGCUGCCACCACCCAUGCCAUGUCCGCACACUCGCACCUGCCAUCCGCCCAUCCAGGCACAAAUACCGCUGCAGUAGCAACAGGGAUUGCAUCAGGCACCACAGCAGGAGGAGUUUCAGGAGGUAUGGCAGGAGGGACGGCAGGAGGAAUGGCAACAGGAAUGCCUUUCAGCAGCAUAGCUUCUACACACCUUGAGACGUGCCCUUUGCUCCCCGACGUACCCCAUACAGUGCUCGAGUCCCCUGAAUGCGGCCCUGUUCUAGUCCUCGCUGCUGCAGCAGAUGUGGCUUAUAUUGAAGCUGCUAGUAACGGGGCAGAAGGGCCUGGAGGUGCUGCUGGUGCAGGUGCUGCCGCUGGUAAGGCUAGUGGGAGGGUGGAGGGAGGUAGACCUGGGGUAGGUGGUACUACCAGGGGACCUUCCGUUUUGGGGAAAAGUGCUUUGGGAUCAACAGGGGUGGGGGGGGCGAGGGCAGGAGGAGGGGGGAAGGAUGAAGGGAAGGAGGGUAGGGGAGGGGUGGGAGGAAAAAGGGGGAAGGGAGUGGGGGAGGGAGAGGCAUGUGAUUUGGGUGAGUGGGGGCGGGCGUGUGGCAAGCUUUGGCAGCUUGUGGUCGCUAAGGACAAGCUGCGGAGCGUUCUGGGCGUUGAGGGAUUCGAUUUUGCUGAGCUGGCAGCGUGGAGGGAGAGGAGGGAAGCUGAUGUGGCAACAGCGGAAAAGGCAGCGCGAAAAGCUGCAGCCGCAGUCGCAGCAGCAGCAGAAGCAGCAGCAGCAGCAGCAGCAGCAGCGGGAGGAGGAGGAGGGAAAGGAGGAGAAGGAUGGGGAGGGGGAGGUGGGGGAGGAGGAGCAGGAGGAGGCUGGGGUGGAAGAGGUGGGCAGGGGAAGGUGACAGCUGGGGGAGGCGCAGGGGGGGGAUGGGGGGAAGCAGGGGAGAAAGGGAAGGGGGGGAGGGGGGGCGCUGGGGGGGGAAUGGAGCGAGUACAGACAGAGGGGCAAUUAGGUCUUGGGGUAGGGGGGUUGGGGUCUAGGGCAGUGUCAACACCGAGCCUGAUUGGGCUGAUUGGGAGAGAGAAGGAGUUGGAGGGAGGAGGGGGGAAGUGGGGAAGCGCAGGGGGGAGCAUGGGAGAUGUGAGGGAGCAGGCAAGGAAGGGGGGAGUGAGUGAGGGCGAGCAGGCGGGGAGGGUGAAAGGAGGGGCAGGAGAAGAACCAGGCGACAACAAGUCGGGUGAGGGGGGAGAGGGGGGAGAGGAGGAAGAAGAGGCAGGUGUGAGAUGGGCGAAAUCAGCGCUCGGGGAGCCUCUAGAGGUGCUUAAAACGGGGGGGGAGUUGCUGGAAGGGGUCUGUGUGAAUGCCCUGAAUCCGAGGCAAGCAGUAGUGGCCACCAACCGUAAGGGACUGCUCUUCUUUGACAUCCACUCCUCCUCCUCUGGGAUCCAUGGUGCCUCUGGUUAUGCCGGUUCCACUGGUUAUGCCGGUUCCACUGGUUACGCCGGUUCAUCUGGUUACCCUGGUGCUUCUGGUUACGGCAGUCAUGGUGCUGCAGCCGGCUCUGCAGUGUUUGACAGUCUCUGGGCGUCGGCCUGCUGGCCUGCAGACAGCUACGCUGGCCGUGUUGCCACGCCCCCUCCCGCCCACUUCGCGCUUCUCACCCACCCCCCUAGCGGCCGCAUGAACCUCCCCGGUUCUGCUGCUGGUGCUGCUGGGGGUGGGGGUGGUUGGGGGGGGGGAGCAGGGCCGACUGGGGAGAGCAUGGGAACCAGUGGGGCUGGGAGCAUGGGAGGUGGGGGGGGAGUGGGUCGGCUAGGCGGGUUCGGGAGCAGCAGUUUCAGCAGCGCCAGCAUCGGCAACACCCCUGCCAACACCUCCUCGCCCUUCUCCCCGAUAGGCUCGGCGGUGGGCCGGGGCGCGGCGGCUCGGGAUUCGUCUUAUGCGGGCGGCGUGGGGAUGGGGAUUCCGGGGUAUGGGGGCAUAGGCGCGUGGGGGUUGGGGUGGGAGGAUUUGGAGGAUGCGGAGGAGGGGUAUGUGGAUCCGCCUGCUACAGCAGAGUCAGUAGCAGGGAGAGCAUUGGCUGCUCAUCCCCUCCGGCCCUUCUUCCUUGUUGGCUCCACCAACACGCAUGUGUACCUCUGGCAGUUCGGUGCGCCAGCAGCAACAGCUACUUAUGGAGUGCUGCCAGCGGCCAACACGCCCGUACCGCUAGUCAUCCCAUCUGUCACCUCACUCGGCAUCCACCGCUACGGGGAGCGCUUCGCCACUGCUGCUGCAGACGGGACGGUGUCGAUGUGGCAGCUGGAGGUGGGGGGGAGGAGCAACGUGAAGCCGACCGAGACCAAGCACUGCUUCGGCAGGAGUGCCAGACGGGACGGUGUCGAUGUGGCAGCUGGAGGUGGGCGGGAGGAGCAACGCGCGCGCGCGGACCAAGGCGCGCGCGCAGACCAAGGCGCGCGCUCGGACCAAGGCGCGCGCUCAUACCAAGGCGAGCGCGCGGACCAAGGCGCGCGCGCGGACCAAGGCGCGCGCGCGGACCAAGGCGCGCGCGCGGACCAAGGCGCGCGCGCGGACCAAGGCGCGCGCGCGGACCAAGGCGCGCGCGCGGACCAAGGCGCGCGCGCGGACCAAGGCGCGCGCGCGGACCAAGGCGCCGCUCGGACCAAGGCGCGCGCGCGGACCAAGGCGCGCGCGCGGUCCAAGGCGCGCGCGCGGACCAAGGCGCGCGCUCGGACCAAGGCGCGCGCGCGGACCAACGCGCGCGCGCGGACCAAGGCGCGCGCGGGGACCAAGGCGCGCGCGCGGACCAAGGCGCGCGCGCGGACCAAGGCGCGCGCUCGGACCAAGGCGCGCGCUCGGACCAAGGCGCGCGCUCGGACCAAGGCGCACGCUCGGACCAAGGCGCGCGCUCGGACCAAGGCGCGCGCGCGGACCAAGGCGCGCGCGGGGACCAAGGCGCGCGCGCGGACCAAGGCGCGCGCGCGGACCAAGGCGCGCGCGCGGACCAAUGCGCGCGCUCGAACCAAGGCGCGCGCGCGGACCAAGGCGCGCGCGCGGACCAAGGCGCGCGCUCGGACCAAGGUGCGUGCUCGGACCAAGGCGCGCGCGCGGACCAAGGUGCGCGCGCGGACCAAGGCGCACGCUCGGACCAUGGCGCGCGCUCGGACCAAGGCGCGCGCUCGGACCAAGGCGCGCGCUCGGACCAAGGCGCGCGCGCGGACCAAGGCGCGCGCGCGGACCAAGGCGCGCGCUCGGACCAAGGCGCGCGCGCGGACCAAGGCGCGCGCGCGGACCAAGGCGCGCGCUCGGACCAAGGCGCGCGCUCGGACCAAGGCGCGCGCUCGGACCAAGGCGCGCGCGCGGACCAAGGCGCGCGCGCGGACCAAGGCGCGCGCUCGGACCAAGGCGAGCGCUCGGACCAAGGCGCGCGCUCGGACCAAGGCGCACGCUCGGACCAAGGCGCGCGCUCGGACCAAGGCGCGCGCGCGGACCAAGGCGCGCGCGGGGACCAAGGCGCUCGCGCGGACCAAGGCGCGCGCGCGGACCAAGGCGCGCGCGCGGACCAAUGCGCGCGCUCGAACCAAGGCGCGCGCGUGGACCAAGGCGCGCGCGCGGACCAAGGCGCGCGCUCGGACCAAGGUGCGUGCUCGGACCAAGGCGCGCGCGCGGACCAAGGGGCGCGCGCGGACCAAGGCGCGCGCUCGGACCAUGGCGCGCGCUCGGACCAAGGCGCGCGCUCGGACCAAGGCGCGCGCUCGGACCAAGGCGCGCGCGCGGACCAAGGCGCGCGCUCGGACCAAGGCGCGCGCGCGCGGACCAAGGCGCGCGCGCGGACCAAGGCGCGCGCUCGGACCAAGGCGCGCGCUCAGACCAAGGCGCGCGCGCGGACCAAGGCGCGCGCGCGGACCGAGGCGCGCGCGCGGACCGAGGCGCGCGCGCGGACCGAGGCGCGCGCGCGGACCGAGGCGCGCGCGCGGACCGAGGCGCGCGCUCGGACCGAGGCGCGCGCGCAGACCGAGGCGCGCGCGGACCAAGGCGCGCGCGCGGACCAAGGCGCGCGCAGGGACCAAGGCGCGUGCGCGGACCAAGGCGCGCGCUCGGACCAAGGCGCGCGCUCGGACCAAGGCGCGCGCGCGGACCAAGGCGCGCGCUCGGACCAAGGCGCGCGCGCGGACCAAGGCGCGCGCGCGGACCAAGGCGCGCGCGCGGACCAAGGCGCGCGCUCGGACCAAGGCGCGCGCGCGGACCAAGGCGCGCGCUCGGACCAAGGCGCGCGCGCGGACCAAGGCGCGCGCGCGGACCAACGCGCGCGCUCGGUCCAAGGCGCGCGCUCGGUCCAAGGUGCGCGCGCAAACCAAGGCGCGCGCGCAGACCAAGGCGCGCGCGGACCCAGGCGCGCGCGCGGACCCAGGCGCGCGCAGGGACCAAGGCGCGUGCGCGGACCAAGGCGCGCGCUCGGACCAAGGCGCGCGCUCGGACCAAGGCGCGCGCGCGGACCAAGGCGCGCGCUCGGACCAAGGCGCGCGCUCGGACCAAGGCGCGCGCGCGGACCAAGGCGCUCGCGCAGACCAAGGCGCGCGCGCGGACCAAGGCGCGCGCUCGGACCAAGGCGCGCGCGCGGACCAAGGCGCGCGCUCGGACCAAGGCGCGCGCGCGGACCAAGGCGCGCGCUCGGACCAAGGCGCGCGCGCGGACCAACGCGCGCGCUCGGUCCAAGGCGCGCGAGGGGACCAAGGUGCGCGCGCAAACCAAGGCGCGCGCGCAGACCAAGGCGCGCGCUCGGACCAAGGCGCGCGCGCCAACCAAGGCGCGCGCGCGCGGACCAAGGCGCGCGCUCGGACCAAGGCGCGCGCGCGGACCAAGGCGCGCGCACGGACCAAGGCGCGCGCACGGACCAACGCGCACGCUCGGACCAAGGCGCGCGCUCGGACCAAGGCGCGCGCGCUGACAAAGGCGCGCGCGCGGACCAAGGCGCGCGCUCGGACCAAGGCGCGCGCUCGGACCAAGGCGCGCGCUCGGACCAAGGCGCGCGCGGGGACCAAGGCGCGCGCGGGGACCAAGGCGCGCGCGCGGACCAAGGCGCGCGCUCGGACCAAGGCGCGCGCUCGGACCAAGGCGCGCGCGCGGACCAACGCGCGCGCGCGUGCAGACCAAGGCGUGCGGACCAAGGCGCGCGCUCGGACCAAGGCGCGCGCGCGGACCAAGGCGCGCGCUCGGACCGAGGCGCGCGCAGAGACCAAGGCGCGCGCGGGGACCAAGGGGCGCGCGCGGACCAAGGCGCGCGCUCGGACCAAGGCGCGCGUGCGGACCAAGGCGCGCGCGCGGACCAACGCUCGCGCUCGGACCAAGGCGCGCGCGCGGACCAACGCGGGUGCGCGGACCAAGGCGCGCGCUCGGACCAAGGCGCGCGCUCGGACCAAGGCGCGCGCGCGGACCAACGCGCGCGCGCGGACCAAGGCGCGCGCGGGGACCAAGGCGCGCGCGCGGACCAAGGCGCGCGCUCGGACCAAGGCGCGCGCGCGGACCAAGGCGCGCGCGCGGACCAAUUCGCGCGCUCGGACCAAGGCGCGCGCGCCGACCAAGGCGCGCGCGCGGACCAAGGCGCGCCCUCGGACCAAGGCGCGCGCGCGGACCAAGGCGCGCGCUCGGACCAAGGCGCGCGCUCGGACCAAGGCGCGCGCGCGGACCAAGGCGCGCGCGCGGACCAAGGCGCGCGCUCGGACCAAGGCGCGCGCAGAGACCAAGGCGCGCGCGGGGACCAAGGGGCGCGCGCGGACCAAGGCGCGCGCGCGGACCAAGGCGCGCGCUCGGACCAAGGCGCGCGUGCGGACCAAGGCGCGCGCGCGGACCAACGCGCGCGCUCGGACCAAGGCGCACGCGCGGACCAACACGGGCGCGCGCGCGGACCAAGGCGCGCGCGUGGACCAAGGCGCGCGUGCAGACCAAGGCGUGCGGACCAAGGCGCGCGCGCGGACCAAGGCGCGCGCUCGGACCAAGGCGCGCGCAGAGACCAAGGCGCGCGCGGGGACCAAGGGGCGCGCGCGGACCAAGGCGCGCGCUCGGACCAAGGCGCGCGUGCGGACCAAGGCGCGCGCGCGGACCAACGCUCGCGCUCGGACCAAGGCGCGCGCGCGGACCAACGCGGGUGCGCGGACCAAGGCGCGCGCUCGGACCAAGGCGCGCGCUCGGACCAAGGCGCGCGCGCGGACCAACGCGCGCGCGCGGACCAAGGCGCGCGCGGGGACCAAGGCGCGCGCGCGGACCAAGGCGCGCGCUCGGACCAAGGCGCGCGCGCGGACCAAGGCGCGCGCGCGGACCAAGUCGCGCGCGCGGACCAAGGCGCGCGCGCGGACCAAGGCGCGCGCUCGGACCACGGCGCGUGCACGGACCAACGCGCGCGCUCAGACCAAGGCGCGCGAGGGGACCAAGGUGCGCGCGCAAACCAAGGCGCGCGCGCAGACCAAGGCGCGCGCUCGGACCUAG